UUGGCUGGAAUUUGCUCGGUUUGGCUGAAAAUCCGUGAGUUUUUCGGGGAUUUUGGGGGAAAAUAGGGCGAAAAUGAAAAAUUUGCAAUUUUUUGAUAUAAAAUUCGAGGUUUUCUAUUGAAAACUGAUGGAAAAGCUGGAAAUCAGUGAAUUCUUGGUUUUCAGCACGAAAUUUGGCUGAAAAUCAUGAAAAAUCUGGAAUUUUCAGCUAGAUCCCGAGUUUUGACUGAAAAUCCCGGAUUUUUCGAGUCUAGGCUGAAAUUUAGCGCUGAAAACGUAGAAAAUAAGGAAAAUUAGCUGAAAAUCAGCGAAUUCAUAGUUUUCAGCACACAAUUUGGCUGAAAAUCAUGAAAAAUCUGAAAUUUUGAGCUAGAACUCAAGUUUUAGCUGAAAAUCCUGGAUUUUUCGAGUCUAGGCUCAAAUUUUGUGGUGAAAACCAAGAAAACAAGGAAAAUUAGCUGGAAAUCAGUGAUUUCAUGAUUUUCAGCACAAAAUUUUGCUGAAAAUCUGGAAUUUUCAGCUAAAUCCCGAGUUUUGACUGAAAAUCCCGGAUUUUUCGAGUCUAGGCUCAAAUUUUGCGCUGAAAACCAUGGGAACAUGGAAAAUUAGCUGGAAAUCAGUGAAUUCAUGAUUUUCAGCACGAAAUUUUGCUGAAAAUCAUGAAAAAUCUGGAAUUUUCAGUCGAAAAUCGAGUUCUGACUGAAAAUCCUGGAUUUUUCGAUUCUAGGCUCAAUUUUUGCGCUGAAAACCAUGAAAACAAGGAAAAUCAGGUAGAUCUCAAGGAAUUAUCGGUUUUCAGCACAAAAUUUUGCUGAAAAUGUGGAAUUUUCAGUCGAAAAUCGAGUUUUGACUGAAAAUCCUGGAUUUUUCGAGUCUAGGCUCAAAUUUUGUGCUGAAAACCAUGAAAAGAAGGAAAAUUAGCUGGAAAUCAGUGAAUUCUUGAUUUUCAGCACAAAAUUUUGCUGAAAAUCUGAAAUUUUCAGUCGAAAAUCGAGUUUUGACUGAAAAUCCCGGAUUUUUCGAGUUUAGGCUCAAAUUUUGUGCUGAAAACCAUGAAAACAAGGGAAAUUAGCUGGAAAUCAGUGAAUUCUCGGUUUUCAGCACGAAAUUUUGCUGAAAAUCAUGAAAAAUCUGAAAUUUUCAGUCGAAAAUCGAAUUUUGACUGAAAAUCCCGAAUUUUUCGAGUCUAGGCUCAAAUUUUGUGCUGAAAACCAUGAAAAAAUAGAAAAUUAGCUUGAAAUCAGUGAAUUUUUGAUUUUCAGCACAAAAAUUUGGCUGAAAAUCAUGAAAAAUCUGAAAUUUUCAGCCAAAUCUCAAGUUUUGACUGAAAAUCCUUGGAUUUGUCGAGUUUGGGCUCAAAUUUUGUGCUGAAAACCAUGGAAACAUGGAAAAUUUGGUAUUUUCAGCGUUUUUGACUGAAAUUUUUCCAGAAACUCCUCCAAUUUCGCCAUCUUCAACUCAAAGUGCGUGGAUUUUCAAUUUUUCUAUGUAUUUUUGCUGAAAAAACCAUUUUUCCUCAAUUUUCUUCAUUUUUUUCAAAUUUCCGUGGUUUUCCAGCCAUUUUCAUACCUUUUCGCACAUUUUCAGCCAUUUUGGCUGAAAAUCACCCAAUUUUUCAGAUGUCUUCAACGAUUUUGGGUGCUGGAACAAAUACGGGCCGCGCAUCGCGGUUCACAAUGUCCGAAAGGAAUUUGGGACUUAUGCAGGAGAUUAUUCGCAAAGAUCCCGAAUCUUAUAAGGAGGUAGGGAAUUUUUAGCCGAAAAUUCAAAAUUUUCAUGAAAAACCCGGUUUUUUGACACCGAAUAAGCCUAGAAUUACUGUAGAUCAAAUUUUCCCGCCAAAAGUUGAUCUACAGUAAUCCUAGGCCUAUUUGGUGUCAAAAAACGUGAAUUUUCAUCGAAAAACUGAUUUUUUGAUACCAAAUAAGCCUAGGAUUACUGUGGAUCAAAUUUUGGCGCCUUACAGUAAUCCUAGGCUUAUUUGGUGUCAAAAUACGUGAAUUUUCAGCUAAAAAAUCGAUUUUUGUACCAAAAAAUAGCCAAAAAUCCUCAAUUUCUUCAGGAAUUCCUCGAACAAUUCAACCAUUUCGUUCAAACCAUGAAAUUGCUUCAACUUCAACCCGAACAACACAAAAUGGAAAUGCAACCUCUCAUGGAAUCCGUACUUUUCUUGUCCGGUUUGGCGAAACAUUAUCCCAAGGAAUCGAAACAGUUUUCCGAUAGUUUGUUGCAGAUUUUGAAGGAACAAGGAGCUGGAUUGGAUCCGGAUGUGAGAUUUUUGAGCAAAAAUUAGGCUGAAAAUGAGAUUUUUCAUGAUUUUUAGGGCUAGAAAUCAUGAAAAAUCGAUAAAAACAACCUUGAAACCAGAUUUUUUAUGAUUUUUAACUCGGAAAUCAUGAAAAAUAUAUAAUUACAAGAUUUUUAGGCUAGAAAUCAUGAAAAAUCGAUAAAAUUACCCUGAUAAUGAGAUUUUUCAUGAUUUUUGACCUAGAAAUCAUGAAAAAUCGAUAAACAUAACCUGAAAAUGAGAUUUUUCAUGAUUUUCAGGCUAGAAAUCAUGAAAAAUCGAUAAAAACAACCUUGAAACCUGAUUUUCCAUGAUUUUCAACUUGGAAAUCAAGAAAAAUCGAUAAAAGUCACCCAAAACUCAGAUUUUUAAGCUGGAAAUUGUGAAAAAUCGAUAAAAGUUACUCUAAAUUCAGAUUUUUCAUGAUUUUUUGACUUAAAAACUUUGCGAAUCGCUUUACCGCCCAAAAAAUAUCGAAAUUUCAAUUAUCAGAUUUUUGAAACAGUGAAAAAAUGUCAAAUUGUCAAAAUUUGUGAUUUUUCGAAUAAAUUUACAUUGCUCAUAUUAGCGGAGCUCAAAAAUGCACAAAAUUCGAAAUUUUUUUAAGCAAAACCAUAUUAUGCUCAAUUUAAUAUUAUUGUGAGCUCUUGAUUUUUUGUUAUCAAAAAUUUGAAACAGUGAAAAAAUUAUUAAAAAAAAAUUUUCAGAGGAUUGCUCAUAUUAGCGAAAUUUAUAAGCACUUCUGAAAAUUGCAGAAAAAUUCAAAAAUUUGUCAAAAUCCUGAUUUUUUGAGCUCAAAAAUUAGGCUUAAAGGGGCUUGAUUCAGGCCUUAAAAUAGGCUCAUUUUAGGCUUGAAAUUAGGCUCGUUUUAGAGUUAAAAUAGGCUCAUUCUAGGCCUAAAAAUAGGCUCAUUUCAGGCCCAAACAUAGGCCUAUUUUGAGCUCAAAAUAAGGUUUAUUUCAGGCCUAAAAAUAGGCUCAUUUCGGGCCUGAAGAUAGGCCCGGUUCAGGUCUGAAAUUAAGUCUAUCUCAGGCCCGUCUCAUGCCUAAGAUUAGGCUUAUUUCAGGCCUCAAAAUAAGCCUAUUUUACGCAUAGAAUUAGACUCGUUUCAGGCCUAAAAAUAGGCUAAUUUCAAGUCUGAAAAUAGGCUCAUUUCAAGCCUAAAAGAAGGCUCUUUUUAGGCCUGAAAAUAGGUUUAUUGUAGGCCUGAAAUAAGGCCCAUUUCAGGCUCGAAAUUCCAAAAAAUAGCCAAAAUUUCUAAUUUUUAACGAAAGUCACAUGAAAUUAAUCUGAAAAUGGAUGAAAUUUUCGAAUUUCCAUACCAAAAACCCUUCCAAAACCUAUAUUAAGCAUAAAAGUUCCAAAAAAUAGCCAAAAUUCAUCAUUUUCAAUGAAAUUUACAUGAAAUUGAUCUGAAAAUGAUGAAAUUUUCGAAUUUUCAUACCAAAAACUCCAAAAAAAAUUUCGUUCCAGGUUCGUAUGUCCUUCUGUAAAGCCCUUGUUCUUCUUCGCAAUCAAGAUAUGCUAAAUGCAAUCGAGUUAAUGGAAGUCUUCUUCGAAUUGGUGAAAAUCGAAGAUAAACAUCUCAGAAAAUUCGUUUUGUCGUCAAUUUCCGCUCAUUUGAAGCGAUUAUAUCACAAGAAGAAAGAUGUGAAAAUCCUGGGAAAAAUUCAGAAUUUGUGUUUCUCAAAAAUCAAAGAUUCACGAUCGAUUGUGGCGAGAGCCGCCCAAUUGAUUUGUAUCGAUGCGUUUCGACGCAAAUUUUGGAGAGAUGAACGGACUGCGAAUGUUAUUGCGGAGGCUUGUUUUCAUCGAGUCGCCAAGAUUCAGGUGAGUAUUUCGGGCUGGAAAUGGGGAAAAAUGGUGAUUUUUGAGCUAAAAAUCGUGAUUUUUUGACCUAUAAAUGUUGAAAAUCGAGAUUUUUAGCGAAUUUUGAGCUAGAAAUGCUGAAAACCCAGCUAAAACUCAAGAUUUUCAGUUAAAUUUGAGCUAGAAAUGUUGGAAAUUGUGAUUUUUCAGCCUGAAAUCCUUAUUUCUAGCUGAAAUUUGAGAUUUUCAGCGAAUUUUGGGCUAGAAAUGCUGAAAAUCGUGAUUUUUCAACCUGAAAUCCUUAUUUCUAACUAAAAUUCGAGAUUUUCAGCGAAUUUUGAGCUAGAAUUGCUGAAAAUCAUAAUUUUUAGCGAUUUUUUGAGCUAAAGUUCUAGAUUUUCAGUCAAAUUCCAGCUUAAAAUGCUAAAAAUCAAGCUGAAAUUAAUAUUUUUCAUCAAAAAUUCCAAAAAAAUGCAUUCUUUUGGCUGAAAAUCCCAAUUUUCUAGACAAUUUUCAACCAGAAAAAUUCACUGUUUCAGAAUUUUUUAAAAUUAUUUUUUAGAUUUUUUUUUAGACAAUGACUGUGUUCAUAGUACCAGUAGGAUCGUUCAAUUUUUCUGAAAAUUGCAAAAAUUUUGGCAUUGCUCAUAUUAAACUUGGAAAAUUCAUUAUUUUUUAGCAUUGCUCAAUAAAUCCAAAUUUUAAACCAAAAAUCCAAGAAAUUUAAGCAUUGCUCAUGUUAAACUCAAAAAAAUCCCAAUUUUCAACUGGAAAUUCAAGACAAUUGAGCAUUGCUCAUGUUAAACCUGAAAAAUCCCCGAAUUUACUAUAAAUUUGAAAUUUUGAGAGCUUUGCUCAUGUUAAACUUUAAAAAAUCUUUAAAAAUUCUAGGCAUUGCUCAGAUUAACGAAAAAAUCAAUUUUUCAAUGAAAAUUGCAAAAAUUUUGGCAUUGCUCAUAUUAAACUUGACAAAAUCCAAAUUUUAAACCAAAAAUCCAAGAAAUUUGAGCAUUGCUCAUAUUAAACUUCAAAAAAUCCCGUUUUCAUAUAUUUUUCCAUCAAAAUUUCAGCAUUGCUCAUAUUAAACUCGCUCCCAAUUUUCCAGGUAACAUCCAUGAAAUUUUUCCUCGGAAAUCAAUCAGAAAACGGUGAAAAUUCGGACGAAGACAGUGAAAUCGAUUCAGAAGACGAAAAAAACAACACAAAAACACUGAAAGAAGUGAUGACGUCAUUCAGAAAUGUGAAAAAAACGAGAAAACGCGCGAAAAAUGUGGAAAGAGCCAAGAAAAUGAUAAACAAGAAGAAGAAGGCGAAAAAAGAGGGAAGAAGCAAAGAAUGCAAUCUGAUGGCAAUUCAAUCGAUUUAUGAUCCACAAGAAUUUGCCGAUAAAUUGUUUGGAAUGUUGGAGAGCAAAAAAGUGGAUAAAUUUGAGGUUUGAGAGGGUUUUGGGGUGAAAAAUUGAGAAAUUUGGGGAAUUUUGAAGGUUUUUGAGCCAAAAAUAGUGAAAAUGAGCAUUUUUAAGCUGAAAUUCAUCAAAAGUUGAGAUUUUUGACCCAAAAAUAGUGAAAAAUGAGCAUUUUCAAGCCUAGAAACCUGAAAUUCAUCAAAAUUGAGAUUUUUGACUCAAAAAUAGUGAAAAAUGAGCAUUUUUAAGCCUAGAAACGUGAAAAUCAUCAAAAAGCGAGAUUUCUGAAGGUUUUUAACCUAAAAAUAGUGAAAAAUGAGCAUUUUUCAGCCUAGAAGCCUGAAAUUCAUCAAAAGUUGAGAUUUUUGACCCGAAAAUAGUGAAAAAUGAGCUUUUUUCAGCCUAUAAACCUGAAAUUCAUCAAAAUUUAGAUUUCUAAAGGUUUUUCACCUAAAAAUAGUGAAAAAUCGAUAUUUUCACACCCAAAAACCCAAAAAAUCCACAUUUUCAACCCAAAUUAAUUCCAGGUUCGCCUAUUCCGAAUUGCUCUUUGUGCUCGAGUUAUCGGAAUUCAUCGUCUUCACACAUUGUCGUUCUACUCGUAUUUACACAGAUAUUUGCAGCCAAAACAGAGAGAUGUUGGUUUUUUUGGGGAUUUUUGAGCAAAAAUUUGAAAAAAUGGAGAAAAAUGAGCUAGAAAACAUGAAAUUUGGUGGAUUUUGACCUGGAUUUAAUUGCAGGUCACCAAAAAUCCGAAAUAUUCAUUAAAACCUUUGAAAAUAGCUGGAUUUCACUGUUUUUACUGAAAAUUCUGAAAUUUUAGCACAAAAAUUUCAUGAAAAACCUGAAAAUCUUGAAAGUUAGCCUAAUUUUAAUUGGAAAUUGACUGAAAUAGCUGAAUUUCAUCAAAACUAGGCUGAAAAUUCACCAAUUUUUCAAAUUUUUCACCGAAAAAUCACUAGAAGUUAGCCUAAAUUCAGAAAAAUUGCUAAAUUUCAUCAAAAAUUCUCUAGAACUUACCCUAACUCCCCUAGCUUUCAUCCCAAGCCUAAAUUUAAUUCCAGGUCACCAAAAAUCCUGUAAAUUCUGGAAAGUUAGGCUAACUUCUAAUAAAAAUUGACUGAAAAACCGAAAUUUUCAUCAAAAAUUCUGAAAAUAGCUGGAUUUCGAUUAAAAAUUCAUUAAAACUCAGCUAGAAUCCUGAAUUUAAUUUCAGGUUUCAAAAAAUCCCUAAUAAAUUCAGAAAAGUUUCCAAACUUCGUCAAUUUUUCGAAUUUUUCACCGAAAAACCACUAGAAGUUAGCCUAAAUUCAGAAAAAUUGCUAAAUUUCAUCAAAAAUUUCUCUAGAACUUAGCCUAACUCUUCUCCUCUCCCCUACCAAGCCUUUUCCACUUCUCUAGAUCAAAAAUUUAAUUCCAGGUCACCAAAAUCCUUCUCUACGCCGCUCAAUCAUGCCACGAAAUGGUUCCCCCAGACACCGUCGAACAACUUCUCCGCGUCAUUGCCAACAAUUUCGUGACCGAUCGAAAUUCCCCAGAAGCCAUGACUGUGGGAAUCAAUGCGAUUCGCGAGAUUCUCGCGAAUUGCCCAUUCGCUGCCACUGAAGAAUUGCUGCGCGAUUUGGCUGACUACAAAACAUACAAAAAUAAGAAUGUAUCGAUGGCAGCAAGAAGUCUUAUCACACUUUUCCGCGCGACGAAUCCGCGACUGUUGGCGCGGAAAGAUCGCGGAAAACCUGGGGAGCGCGGAGAGGCGGAAGAGGAACAGGAGUAUUGCGGAUUUGCACGGCCGAAAGUGCAUGAUUUUGUGCAGGGCGCGGAGGUUUUGGAUGCGGAAGGUGCGGAAGAUUCUGGAGAUGUUCUUGGAGAUGACGUGGAUUCCGAUUCUGAAAUUGAGGUUUCUGACGUGGAUACGGAUGAAGUUGAUACUGAUGGGGAUGAGGAUGAUGGUCCGGUUUUGAAGAAGAGAAGAGUUCAGGAGGAGGAAGAAGAAGUUGAGGAGGAUCAGGAAGAUGAAGAGGAGAUGGAAGGUGAGGGUUUUUGGGGAAUUUUGAGCCAAAAUUCAUGAAAAUCUGAAAAUUUGGGAUUUUUUGAGCCAAAAAUGAUGAAUUUUGAGCUAAAAUUCAUUAAAAAUGAGCAUUUUCAAGCUCAGAAACCUGAAAAUCAUCAAAAAUUAAGAUUUUUGAAGGUUUUUGACCUGAAAAUAGUGAAAAAUGAAGAAUUUUGAGCCAGAAUUCAUGAAAUUUGGAGCAUUGCUCAUGUUAAACUGAAUUUUCACUCAAAAUUCAUGAAAAUUGAGAAAUUUCAGGUCUUAAAAUGAAAAAUUGAGCGAAAACUGAACAUUUUGAGCUGGAAUUCAUGAAAAUUGGAGCAUUGCUCAUGUUAAGAUGAGUUUUGACCCAGAAUUCAUGAAAAUUGAAGAAUUUUGAGCUAAAAUUCAUGAAAAUUGAGUCAUUACUCAUAUUAGUACCAGAAAAUUCAAUUAAAUUACAUUUUUGAAGAAAAACUUGGCAUUGCUCAUGUUAACUCUGAAAAUUUCAGAUUUUUCCAAACGAAAACCCGAAAUUCUGAAAGCAUUGCUCAUACUAAACUCUAAAAACCCGUUUUUCUAGAAAUUUGAAAUUUCCAUUGCAUUGCUCAUGUUAAGCAGAAAAAAUUAUUGAAAUUUUGAAUUUUAAACCAAAAAUUUCGGCAUUGCUCAUAUUAGCUCUGAAAAUCUUUAAACUUUUGCCCAAGAAACGAAUUUUCAUCAAAAAUUCCGGCAUUGCUCAUUUUAAACGUUUUUUUUCAUCAAAAUUACAAAAAUUCCAGCAUUGCUCAUAUUAAACUCCCAUUUUUCCAGAAAUUUCGGAUGAAGAAGGUGAAUUUGAAGAUGAGGAAGAAGAAGAAAAUUCUGAAAUUGAUGAUGAAGAGGAAAUUGAAGCAGAUGAUGAGGAAGAAGCUGAAGAAGCUGAAAAUCCCGCUGAAAAUGCUAAAAAAUUGGCUGAAACCCAAGAAAUUGACCCAAAAAAGAAGGCGGAAGCGAUUUGUUUGGAUCGAAUUUUGACGCAAGAAGAUUUCCGAAACAUCAAAGCAUAUCAAAUGAAAAAACAAUUGAUUGGUGAAAAACGGUUGAAAAAACAGAUGGGAAAAGGAAGAAGUAAUGCGGAUGAGCGAAUUGUUGAGGAAAUGACUGAGAGAUUGGAAAUGUGAGUGAUUUUGAGAUGAAAAUUUUGAGAUGAAAAUUGAGGAAUUUGAUGAAUUUUGAGCUGAAAUUCAUGAAAAUUGAUGAAUUUUGAGCUGAAAAUCAUAAAUUCCAGCCUGAAAUCAAAUUUUUGACCUCUGAAAAUCUGAAAAUUCAAAAUUUCCAAGCUGAAAAUGCCUAGAAACUCAUAAAACCACCAGAAAAAAUUUCACAAUUUUUCACUGUUUCAAAAUUUCCAUGAGUAAAAAAUUGAAGUUUUUGAAAUGCUGUUUUUUUAUUUCCUUUUUUUGAAAAUAUUUCGAUAAUUUUUGGAGCAUUUUGAGCCCAAAUUUCAUCAAUUUCAGCUUAAAAUCAGGUUUUUGACAUCUGAAAAUCUGAAAAUUCAGAAUUUUUGACCUGAAAAUGCCUAGAAACUCACAAAACCCUAGAAAAAAUUUCACAAUUUUUCACUGUUUCAAAAUUUUUAUAAGAAAAAUGUUUGGAAUUUUUCGAUGAUUAUGAUUCGUUUGAUUCUUUAAUUCUAAAAAAAUUGCUCACAUAAUUUUUUGGAGCACUUCGAGCCUUAAUUUCAUCAAUUUCAGCUGAAAAUCAAGUUUUCGACCUCUGAAAAUCUGAAAAUUCGGAAUUUUCGACCCAGAAAUACCUAGAAAAAAAAUUUCACAAUUUUUCACUGUUUCAAAAAUUCUAUGAAUUUUUUAGCGAAAUUUGGAAAUUGAUAUAUCUGUCUAACUAUUUUUUAAUAAAAUAUCGAUUUCCCCCUAAAAUUCCACAGUACCCCAGGAUUACUGUAGCUCAUUUUGUAGAGAAUUUGAAGAGCUACAAAAUGAUACUACACUCUAGUCAUGACGUUGCAAAAUUCUUAAUUUUGGGUCAGAAAAAUUUCACUGUUUCAAAAUUUUUAUGAAAAUUUGAAGAAAAACAUUUUUUUUUGGUCAAUUUUUCAUUAAAUUUUUGAUUUUCUGGCUCAUUUUGGCUCAAAAUUCAUAAAUUUCAGCCUAAAAUCACACCUCGGCCAAGCCGUGGCUAGCCAGAGUACAAUUUUUGGAAAAAUUUAAAUUUCAGUUUUUAGAGGACAAAAACUGAACAAUUCACAAUUUUUGUACUGUAAAAAGUUAGCGUACUAUUUUUUAUUUCGGAAACCACGAUUUUAGCCGAGGUGUGCCUAAAAUCAACUUUUCUACCUCUGAAAAUCUGAAAAUUCAGAAUUUUUGGUCUGAAAAUGCCUAGAAACUAGAAAAUGCCACAAAACCCCUAGAAAAAAUCAAUUUUUCAUCAAAAUUUUGAUUUUCUAGCUCAUUUCGGCUCAAAAAAUUCAAAUUUCAAAUUUUUUUCCAGGAAAAAAUCCUCAGAUGGUUUGGCUCGUCUCUCGGACAUUGAACAAUUCCACAAGAAAAAACGACAGACAAAAGAGGAAAGAUUGGCUGAUGUUGCGGCUGGGAGAGAGGAUAAUGAUUAUAAAUUUGGACGACCAAAGAAAAAUGUGAGUUUUUCCGGGGGUUUUGAGCCAAAAAUCGAGAAUUUUGGUGCAUUUUGAGCAAAAUUACGUGAAAAAUGAGCCUAGAAACCUGAAAAUCCCGGAUUUUUACCUCUAAAAUUCUACAGUAACCCUGGAUUACUGUAGAGAAUCUUGAGAGCUUCAAAAUGAAACUAUUAGCCUUUCAUACGUCGGUGCAUCUCGCUCCAUCGAACAAACACGCUCCGCAUCGCACGCGACGCGCCAAAAAAAGCGCACGAGUUCAAAUGCAAAUUAUUUUUCUUUUUUUUUCGUUUUUUUCUGUUGAACAAUAAAUCUAAACCGACCAACUGAAACAUGCUAUCGAAACCUAUACGACCCGAUUGGUUUGCUGGGCGUGAAGCGGGUAAAGGUUAUAUAGAAUGAAACCUCAUUUUCAAUCAACAUUUUCAGCAGCAUCUCAUGUCCACAGAAGAGGUUUCCGCAAUUUUGGCACUCAGACGCCGAAAUUGACAAAAGUUAAAAAGACCCAGACAUUGGACGAAAAACCAAAACAAGCGGUUGAAACAAAAACCAGUCCUGUAAAUCAAUCCUGUCAAACUUCAAGCGAACAACAACUGAGCGAGCAAGAAGAAAAAGUCAGUGAUAGAGCAACCAUUUUCUGAAAAAAAACUUUGCGAAAAACGAUUUCACCGAAUUGUAAACCUGAAAAUUAUCAAAACAAAAUACAAAUUCCCUGAAACAUCUCAUUUCAACUUAUAUAAACUUUGGAGAAAUCAAAAAUAAUUUAGACAAAUCAAUAAUUUAAACGAAAAACAUUUGGUUGAAAUAAUUAAAUUUCGAACGAAUAAAAUACCAAAAUUUAGCCUAUGAUUUCAAAAAAUUGAACAAAAAGUAAAGAAUAAUUUUGAUAAUUUGUCAUAAAAUAAAAAAAACAAGACAGAUUUCUGUCAAAAUAACUGAAAAACCGCAUUUUUGAAAAAGAAUAGAAGAUAACAAUUUUUAAAAUUAUCAUGAAACAAAAAAUUUAGGAAAUGAGGAAAUAUGUGUCAUUGGGAAAAGCUGUCUCCUGCCUUCCAUUCGAUAUUUUCCAAAAACACACAGAGCUUCAACGAUUGCCGUUGUCGCGAAGAGCAGAAGAUGUUGUUGUUACUCUGAAAGAAAAUUUGAAAAUUAUCAAAGAACAUCUAGGAAAAACUGCAAAAAAUACAAUUUUCGACAAUGUUAACAAAACGACAGCAGCUUUGUCUGGUUUAUCAGUUCGUCUUGUAAAUUCUACACCUGGCUUUGAUCAACCACCGACUCCAUCACCAAAACCAACUUUCAUGACUAAAAGAGAGCGACAAAAACACUAUGCUGACAGCAUUAGUUUGCAAACAAAAAUUAUGAUUAAUGGAUAUUUGCAAACUAAGUGGAAAGAAGAAAGUGUGGUGACAUUGAAAGAAAUGACUGAAUGGCUGCAAACAUAUACUGAUUAUCAAUAUGGUCGCACCGUUCUUUCAUAUGUUCUUUAUGGAUUAGGAUAUUGUUUCAAAAAAAAGCAAAGGAACACAAUUAUUGAAGAAAGACCUGAUCUUAUUGCGUGGAGAACUAGAUUUUUGAGGGAAAUUGAAGAAUAUAGAAAAAAGAAUGCUUAUAUAGUUUAUUAUGAUGAGACUUGGGGAUAUGAAGGAAUGGUAACAGAAAGAGACUGGCAAUGUGCACAUGGAGACAUGUAUGAAAAAGCCAGAAUGGCAAAUAUCGAUGAACCUGUUCAAGGUCCGGCCAAAGGGAAGAAUAAAGGAAGAAGAUGUAUUGUUCUAGGGGUUUUAACGGAAGAUGGGAUUUUGAAAGGAUCAGCAGAAGUCAUAAUUAGCGGGAAAAAACCAGAGGAUCAGUCAGAAGACUACCAUCAAGAGAUGGAUUCUAAGAAAACAGAAGAAUAUAUGAAAAGGAUUAUUCCACUUAUUGCGGCGGAAGCUAAAGCACAAGGAAGAGAAGCUGUUUUAGUGGCGGAUAACGCAAGUUAUCAUAACAAGAUGCGAGAAAAGGCUAGUUUCUUCAAAACAAUUCAAAAUUACAUCAAAAUUACAAUUUCCGUUAAAAUACUAACAAAAACAAUUCAGCCACCCACUUCUGCGAGCACAAUUUCUGAAAUCAAGCAGUUUCUCGACAAACACAACGUCGACUACGAAGGUUUGACGAGAAAACCACAUUUACUUGAUUGCUCCAGGAAAUUCGUUGCCGAAAAUGGUGGACGAAGAAAUUUUAUUGUUUAUGAACUCGAUCACUGGGCCUGGACCGAGCAUCAAGUGAAAAUUUUGAGAACACCUCCAUACCAUUGUUUUUUCAAUGGUAUUGAGUUGUUCUGGAAUCAAUUGAAAGAUCAUACAAGACGCCAAGGAACUACAAAAACACAAGUAGAAACAGUAUGUAGAUUACUAAACAUAGAAUAUAUUCAGGAUUUUUUUAAGGUUCGGGACACCAUGCUAAAAUUCAUGGAUGAAUAUACAGAGGAAGAAGCAAAAAAGAUUUUCAAAAAGAUUUUGAAAACUGAAAAUGAUUUGAGAAAAUUGUUAGAAAAGAGAAGGAUUGAAAUUAUGGCUGAAAUGCCUGAUUUGGAAGAAGAUGAUACAGAAGAAUUAUUGGUAGCUUCAGAUGUGGAGAGUGAUUAUGAAUCAGAUGAUGAAAUGCCACUAUUGCAAGCAAACUGA